UUGGUUGCCAUUCCACCCACAGUGCAUCUGUUUGGGAAAAAUCGAUAAAUUUAUUUGUAAAUACAGUGCAACACGACAGCGAUAAAGGUGCGUGUGUGAUACAUGAAUCACUCCACUGCAUGGCAGAAAGCAAUCGAAUCAAGUGCCGAGCACAAAUCAAGUUUGUUUUCUUACGUCUACAAAUGGCAUAUGCGCGAGGAAUGUGAUUGACACUGGAAAGUCGUAAAAUUUACAACCCAUCGAUAGACGAAGAACCGUCGUCAGUCGCGGUCAGUGGACCAGCGCGUCGAGUGUGAUAAAAAUAUGGCCCCCAUCUCAGCACCACCUACAAAUUUGAUAGAAUUUGUGAAAUAGUGAAUGGCCAUUUACUGGGAAAGCAAAACGAUAGUGCGCCGUAAGUCACGCAUGCCAAGGUGCAAUGAAAUUUGUGUCGUGGUGUAAAUAGUGUUUGCUGAUUUAUGUUGUAAUAUCGGUUUAGAAACAAGAGGUGACCAUGGUUGCAUAAGAAAAAGGCGACAUACCACCAACUACGAUAACACGGCAAUAUCGUCCUCUCUUGAAGUUUGUGCUAACGUGUACCAAUUGCUGUGCAUGCAAUUUCACAUCGUGUUUUUAAGGCUUGGAACUUUCACGGACCCUAACCCCCGGUCAGCCAAACGUCCACCAAAUGGAGAUGAGCUGAUACAGACGGGCCCAGUUUGUUUAUGAUAAUAGUGUGUACUUUGUGUUAUCAUACCUGAACAUAUCACCGAAGAAAGUUUCACCUAACCAGGAAUAGUUCUAAAAACCAACGCCGUGGGGCAAUUUUUGCACAUAAUAACACUAAACGCCGGUUAUGGCAACCAUCGCAAUGGCAGCAUCCCCAACGUCAAACAGCAGUGCCUCGACGACAUCCAUGUCGCUGUUGCAGCGCCAAUCAAGCAAAAACGCUGACACCGUAUCAGUUUGUUCGACCACCAGUGCCUUCUCAACGUGUCCCGAUCGGCACGGCUUCUACGGUGGCAAUCAGUUCUCGGAGAAACCGAAAAAGGAAACGCUUACUCGUGAACAGAUCAUCGCACGGGAAAAGAAAUGGAUACACAUGACUGGGCACUGGGCGGAGUACAUGAACACUAACUACAAAAAGGUUAGAGAACGCUGCAGGAAAGGUAUCCCGGAUGCACUGCGACAGAAGGCAUGGUUUCUGCUGACGGGUGCAAACCAUCUUAUGGACAAGUUUCCCGGCUGGUAUCAACAUCUACUGGAGGAACCGGGUAAUCCACAGAUUAUUGAUGAAAUUCGUAAGGAUCAGCAUCGACAGUUUCCACACCACGAAAUGUUCAUCGACGACGACAAACCGGGCCAGAAGGAGCUGUUUAACGUACUGAAAGCGUAUUCGGUAAACAACCCGAAGGUCGGUUACUGUCAGGCACAGGCACCAAUUGCUGCCUUUCUGCUCAUGCAGCUUCCAUCCGAGCAGGCGUUUUGGUGCUUCGUCGCUAUUUGUGACAAAUAUCUAGAGAACUACUUCACACCCGGGCUGGAGAUGUUGCAGCGCGAUGCCGGUAUGCUGAAUCGGUUACUGAAGAAAACAUCACCAGCCGCCUAUCGCCAUCUGCAGAAGCACAACGUAGAUCCACUGCUCUACAUGACCGACUGGUUCUUGUGCGCAAUGACUCGUACGUUACCGUGGGACACGCUGUUGCGCGUCUGGGAUUGCUUCCUUUGCGAAGGUGUACGAAUAUUUUUCAAGGUCGCACUCGUCAUUAUCGGUGCAACGCUCGGACCGCAAAAGGUACGCGCGCAGUGCAAUGGGCUGUGUGAAACGUUGGCCGUUCUUCGAUCACCACCGAAGAAGUUCCUCGAGGAGGAUUUCAUCAUGCACCACAUCUUUCGGUUGAACAUCACGAUCGAAGACUUCCAUCGGGAGCACAAGAAGCAGGAGAUGCUACACCGGAAAGCAAAGUUAGAACAACAGAAGGCAGCACAACAGCAGAAUGGUGGUGGUGGAUCAUCUAAUGGUCCUGGAAGGAGUACGUAACCUGCCCCAGUGCUGCUGAAUCGAGAUGAAGAGCUAGUCCAGGGAGGAUUCAACUUGAGGAUACUAAAAGCAGCAGUUUGGCCAGCUCUACUCCCAGAUACCACACGGAGUAAUAUAAUACUAACCGUCGGAAUGUGUCGGUUUUUUGCAAUUAAGGGCGCUAUUCGUCUCACUGUUUUCUUCCAUUAUAACGUGUAUAAUGGAACCAUUAAAACGUUUGAAAAUAGUAUAAGAAAUCAAUAUAAAAAGAUGCUAGUUCAAUAAGAUUUGCGAUUAAUACGGCACCAAAUUUGAACUUUUCGUGUCGGAACAAAAACUUCACAGAUCGACGCUACGAACCGAAAAAGGUGGCGCCAGUGUGGUUUGCUCCGUUUGCUGGACAAAUUACUCAUCCGCCUAACGAUCGCCUAAUGCGAAAAUGAUUUCACUUAAACCGAAGUGAAAUGAAUGGACACUACGUGAAUGAAAAUGUAGCCAAAAACCCCCGGCACACUUGUUGCAACGCAGAUUUAUAGUACAAUUUUAUAUCUAUUUAAAAAAAAGGAAACGUAACGUAACAAACUCGUAUUCUAAACACAGUCCAGAUAGUGAUAGGCGUUAGUUAAUUAGCACAAGAAUCGAAACGAAGGCGCGUGGAAAAGUAGAAUUCAAACAUCUCUGUCCGCUCAGUGAUGUUACCGAAGGGUAAGACAUCGAUGGUUCUUUACCCACUUCCAUUCCAUCGUAAGAUCGCAAGGAAUCGUACAUUUUUGCACAGAUGUUUAAUAUUCUCUGUUGGAGCGCACCGUUCGUGCUGUUUUGGUGGUUCUUUAAAUGAAACAUGCUAGAGCGUUAUAUGUGCAUCAGCAAACAUCAUCAUCCUUUAUAUCAACAUCGAUUUCCUAGCAGAAGUAAAGUACAUAAACGAGAAACAGAAUGCGCGACUGUGCGUACAUGUUGAUUGUAUUUGUUUCUCUAUUCCGUAAACUUGUAACACAUUUAACAAUACGCACCGUUUAGCAAAUCGCACAAAGCAACGAAACAAGGAAACGUACUACACGAAGGUAAUGGGUUAUACGUUUCAACACCUUCCCAAUAGUAACGAAGCUCUACAGAUUAGCAAAGAAUAACAAUAUCCUAUCACAGAACAGGAACCCGAUUCGAAGGCACUUGAACCGUAACAAACAGUUUCAAUUAUGGUGCCUUUUCUUUCCUUCGCGAGCCACAAUUCGGAUGCGUGGUUUCGCACAUGCAUAGCGGAAGAACGAUUCCGAUAUCAAACUAAGAACCAUCGUCGUGUGAAGUGUUCUGUUAAACAUAAUUAAGCUUUUUUUCUUUUCCGAUACUUUCAUACUCCUUCCUCUCGAUGUGAAUUAGGUUUUAUGUGAAAGAGGCAAAAAAGCACUACAUUUCGAAUUAAAAAUUUGAUUUACAGGUGUAAUAUGCCCAAACAAGCUUUUACAGAUCAGCAUUAAAAGCUGAACUUGGCGCAUCUGUAACCUGAUUCUGAGCUACUCCCGAUACGCGGAAUGAUCGUCAUCACAUUAUAGCGAACGUUUAACAGUGGAAGUAGUCAAGUUCAAUUCUGAGUGUUGUAAAAUUUUAUACCACAUUUAUGGGUAACAAUUGAUGUGAGUUUAAACGUGCAAUCCCCGGUUCAAUGUUUUCACCGCGCGUUGAACAAAAAUGUUGUAAACGUAUAUUCGGUGGCAAUAUGAUGAAUUUUGUUACAACUAAAAAUUAGUAUAAAUUACCUUCCCACGUUAUUUAUUACACGCAACCUAACCUGCAUCAUGAAAUGGAAAGGCAGCUCGUAUAUUUCCCACGUGCUUAUAGACCGUGUCCUAUUGAUAAGUCUGUGUUUUCACCGUAUGAAAGAUACGCAGUAUCAAAUUUAAAAUGGGACUCAGCUUUGCAAAUCAGCCGUUGUUGUGUUGAUAUCAUUUUUAUGUAAAUUUGCAUAAUUCGUUGCAAGAGAACUACAUUUCACCUAACUUAUAAUAAAGAGAGAGAGAGAAAAUAGCAAUUUUGAAAAAAGAACAUGUUUUUUUGUUUAUUAAAAACGAAAGAUUAUUUACCAAAAUCUGAAUAGGCAGAUCCACGUACAAGAUUACAUUAAUAAAACAUUGAAUGUCUCCCGAGGUGAAUGCCUUAAUUGCCUAUGAACUUAUUAUGUACGGUAUUCAUUUUUCUAAUGUACUACUUCCGAUACGAAGCACAUUUAUUUAACGUACUUUUUGCAUGUGUCCCAUUUUUCAUUCCAGGUACUACUGUAAU